CGCGGUUCCAGACUGUAGCGCCUAGAACCGCUCGGUCACCUCGGCCGGCCGUUAGACUAUAGAAAUGCUUUCCGACACAUAUAUCUCAACUUUACUGUGACAGAAGUACUCGCUACAACAAUUACAAAUGUGUGAACACUAGCAGACAGCAAGUGAAACGAACACAUUUUAAAAGAAAACGAAAUUUCCACAUUGAGCUAACGACAGUAGUUCGUCUCUUGGUCAUACUGAGAUUAAACAAAUAUUAAGUUCAGCAAAUAAACUAAAAUCUGUACCUCGGCAGAUUCGUACGUACCGGUACGCAUAUAUAGGUUGUUGUGCAGUGCAGAACCCACAGAUCGUGAGACUGGGUGACAGUUGCCCAAGAGUAUGUCUCGUUCACUAGUGUUUGUUACCGGUAACGCUAAGAAGUUAGAGGAAGUUGUAGCAAUUCUUGGUAAAAGUUUACCGUACGAGCUUGCAAGUCAGAAAAUUGAUUUGCCUGAGUAUCAAGGUGAAGUAGAUGAAAUAUGCAUAAACAAGUGCAAGGCAGCAGCAGCAAUUGUGAAAGGUCCAGUAAUGAUCGAGGAUACUUGUCUGUGUUUCAAUGCUUUGGGUGGACUACCUGGACCAUACAUAAAAUGGUUUUUAGAUAAACUUGGACCUGAAGGUUUACACCGCCUCCUGGCUGGUUGGGAAGAUAAAACUGCGUAUGCUGUAUGCACAUUUGCAUUUUCACCAGGAGGUGAAAAUGAUGAUGUCAUUCUUUUUAGAGGGAAGACAUUUGGUACAAUAGUGAGCCCUAGGGGACCAAGAGACUUUGGCUGGGAUCCCUGUUUCCAGCCAGAUGGAUAUGAAAAAACAUAUGCUGAAUUGCCAAAAGAUGUGAAAAAUCAAAUAUCCCACAGAAGUAAAGCACUGGGUGAACUCAAAAAUUAUUUUGAAAGUGGACGAAAUGCUGUUCAGGCAGAACGACUGUACAGAAGACGAUUCCCUGACAAGCCAUUGCCUUCGCGCCGGAUGUUUGGUCGUCUCACAUCUCGUCUACGUGAAACGGGAAGCUUAAAUCCAAGACCUCGACAUCGUCCUAGAACAUGCACAGAUGAACGUGCUGAAGUUGCUGUGCUCGCUACCAUAGCUGUGAAUCCUCAAAUCAUCACACAUCAAAUUGAAUGUGAAGUUGGUGUGUCGAAAUCAAGUGCACAGCGUAUUCUUAAACGUCAUAAAUUUCAAUGAAGUGCACAGCGUAUUCUUAAACGUCAUAAAUUUCAUCCUUACCAUGUUCAUUUACACCAGGAUCUUCAUGGAAAUGACUUCCGCAAUAGGGUAACAUUUUGUCGGUGGACUCAGCAAAAGCUUCUGACUAAUCCAAAUUUUUUUGCAGAUGUUCUCUUUACAGACGAGGCAUCGUUCUCCAACAAAGGAAU